AUGAUGGAUGCUAUGCGAAAGCGUAGCAACACAUGGCAGCACGGGGACGCAAGCCUGGACAUGGCAGCGUGCGACUGCGGGAAAGGUGCUGCCGCAGGGGCCUCGAUGAGCGGCCGCAAGAGCUUUCGGCAGGGCACAGCUGCCCGGUCGCUGGAGCCCCGUCGCUCGGCGCUUUCAGAUGCCCCCGCAAUUGAAAAGAUGGUCAGGGUAACUAUUGGACUCAGCGCAGAAUCCACCAAGAGCAUCGUCAUCGACACCAUCACAACCGUGGCAAAGCUACGGAGGAAGAUUCAGGAUGUUUCUGGAGUCUCCCAGCGAGCUCAGAUGCUGUCGAUUAGUGGCAGGGUUCUGGGUAGCUGUUUUGAUCACCAGCUCCUGUCCGAGGUGGCACCAGAAGUGUUCUACUGUGAUGGUGUCGAUGUGACCGUCCUAAGACGGUGUAGCGAGGCCCAGGCCGAAUGGCUAGACAUGCUAGAGAGGGGCGAUGAGUCUGCCCGUGCCGGUCUUUUUUCAGGAGUUGCCAGAGAUCUCCAGGAACUCUGCGACUUCAACCGCCUUUCUCGCUUCAGACAUGUGCUCCAAGAGCACAUGAUGAACGAUGCGCACAGAUAUGCCUUUCAUCGUUUGCGAGUGCAUCUGCUUCACGAACGAUGCCCCUUCACUCAUCCGGGCGUUUGGCGGAGUGAAGUAUGUCAGUGGCUGCAGGAGGAUGAGACCUUCCUCCUCAUGGCCUUAGAGAUCAACAAUCCCGCCGCCGAAGUGCACACUCCUAUCCUGUUGUAUGGAGCCCGGGAGCAGAUCCAAAAAAAGCUGGAAUUGGCCAAGAUGCUGGCAGAAAACCCCCGCGUCGAUCCGCUGGUGCUGGCCGACGUUGCACCAUGCGUGCUGCAUGACCGUGAGUUCUUGCUCAUAGCUGCAAGGAGGAGUGGCGCCAUUUUGCAGAUGGCAGCGCCCGAGCUGCAGCAGGACUUGGAGUUGGUCAAGGCGUGCGUGAUGCAGUCCGGGAGUGCGCUGCGGUUCGUGGCUCCUGAGCUGAAAGCUAACAAGGACAUUGUGCUGCGGGCUGUUGGGAACAGCGGCCUCGCCCUCGAGCACGCAGCCUGGGAGCUCAGAGACGACGAAGAGGUCGUGCAGCUUGCGGUGCGAUGCACGGGCCUGGCCCUAGAGUUCGCUUCGGACAGGCUGAAAUCGCUUCGUGAGAUUGUCAUGGAGUCUGUGGGCCAAGACGGUUGUGCAAUUAUGUUCGCGGCCGAAGCGCUGAAGGACGACAUGGACGUAGUCAGCCGAGCGGUUCAGGUGUCAGGCCAAGCUCUCAAGCACGUCUCGGCGCGUCUGCGCAACUCACGAGAGGUGGUCGUACUAGCUGCCCGCCAGCACGCCCAAUCGCUGCAGCACGCAUCGCCAGAGCUUCGUUCAGAUCUGGACACUGUAAUCGAUGCCGUGUCCGCGAGUUUCAAGGCCUUCGAGUUUGCCAGCCCGGAACUCCGAGCUGAGCCGAAGGUCAUACGGUGUGCAGCCAAGCAGCUACUCUCCACUCAUGGCAUCAUCGUCCGCACUGACGCUGAGCUGCCAGAAGCCAUCGAAACCAAUGUCUUGCUCGUCUCAAAGGAGUCGGGUCAACAUUUAUUGGCUGCUCUUCAGACGGGACUUCUCACAACGAGGACGUUUGGCUUGGCAGUUGUGCGCCACGAUCCUCAGCUGUAUCGGCGUCUGGAGGAGCAUGUCAAGGCAGACAAGGAGGUAUCCUUGGAGGCCGUAAAGCGGCUUCCAGACUUGUUUCCGGACAUGCCCUUCCAGACUCGAAAUCAGCUGGACGUCCAGGUGGCAGCAGUGAUGCAGAAACCUGAGAUGAUCAGCUUUGUUUUGCCGACGGAUGUCACCCGCGUGCAGAGGGCCGUGGCGGCCGUGGCGGCCGUGGCUCAGGACCGGGGCCGGGAGUGGGGUUUACAUGGAAUGAAUGACGGCAUCAAGCACAUGCAGGCGUACAUGCGUGCAUGCUGCCGUACAUGCGUACGUACACACAUGCAUGCAGACACACAUGCAUGGACGCAGACCUGCGUGCAGGCAUGCAGAUACACAUGCACACGUGUCCAGAAAGACAGACAGCACGAAAGAAAGGAGAGAGAGAAAGAAAGGAACAACUACAGAAACAAGGGCAGAGCGAGAGAAAGAAACACAGAAACAACGAGUGAAGGAUCGAAAGACAGAAAGAAAUCAUCGCAUUAG